ACCUCCACCAUGUCGGAACACCGCCAGCCCGUUUCUCUCCAGUCUUCUCACUCCUUCGACAACCACAACAACUCCACCGACGCCCGCAAAUACAACCGCUCCCAAUCCGUAUCCAGCAACCUAAAAACCCUCAAAUCCCCAACUUCCAUUCGUCAAUCGGAAGUCUCGCCAUUGCGCCGAUUUGGCCUCGCCAAGAGCGAAGCCACCGACCUAUUCAAACGCCUAAGCGACCACCUAACAUCCGCCCGUGAUCUCUACUCGAAACCAAGUCAGCAGGACGAGUAUGACGAGCUUGAAAGGUGGAGAGAGCGCGCCAUUGCUAUCUGCGACGUGAUUGGUCGAGACGCGAUGAAAGUGGCGUUCUUUGGGCGCACUAGUAACGGCAAGAGCACGGUUAUUAACGCCAUGCUGCAUCAGAGUAUUCUGCCGUCGGGGAUUGGACACACGACCAACUGUUUCUGUGCGGUGAAGGGUUCGAGUUGCCCGGAUGCUCCUUAUUUGGUGACGCCCGAGUCGGAUGAGAAGAGGAAUGUGGAGACUGUACAACAACUGGCACAUGCUUUACACAGAGGCAGCUCUCAAAAAGACUUAGUCAUCAAAGUCUAUUGGCCAAGAGAACGGUGCACAUUACUAAAGGAAGACGUUGAGCUAUUGGACAGUCCUGGCAUUGAUAUCAGUCCUGACUCUGACAUGUGGAUUGACAAAGUUUGUCUAGAUGCCGACGUGUUUGUUCUUAUUUCGAAUGCAGAGUCGACGUUGAUGAAUACAGAAAAGAAAUUUUUUCAUAAAGUCAGUGAGAAAUUAUCGAAACCAAAUAUUUUCAUUUUGAACAACAGAUGGGAUGCAUCAGCUGGUGAAGAUUCACAAGUCAUGGCUGAGGUUCGGGAGCAACAUUUGCAGAGAGGAAAAGACUUCUUAUGUAAAGAGUUGAAAGUGGUUGAUCCGCAGCAAGCAGGCGAUCGCGUGUUCUUCGUUUCAGCGAAAGAGGCUCUAGAGGAGAGAACAAAAGGUCCCGGUUCAGUCAAAGCUGACGGUUUCAAAGGACGUCUUGCUGAAUUCGAAAGCUUCGAGAGAAAGUUUGAAGAGUGUUUGUCAAAGUCGGCAAUUAGCACGAAAUUCAAGCAACACGCCAUGAAAGGCAUUGAAAUCAGCAAGGGAACGCACGAGAAAUUGGAUCAGUUGGAGCGAUCUUCGAAUGCUCAUCGGGUGAGGUGUAAGGCUCUGUUGGAGAAGCGGCGGGACGAGUUGGAGAGACUUGUGACUCAUAGGGUGGGAUUUGCUACUGAAUUGGAUGGGAUAAUACGAAGGACGGGAGAAGGAGUGGAGAGUAUGGUUGACAGUGCUAUGAGAGAGGAAAUAUCAAACCUCAACCGAGUAGUAAACGCAUACACAGCAAUAUCAUUUACAGCAGACAACGUACUCACCUUUGUUGAGGGUCUCUAUUCUCACGUGGAUGACAGUUUGGAUCGUAAUCUAAUGGCUUGUUGUAACACAUCCGUCUCACAAACACUCAGACAGACACAACAGCAACUCCUAGACAGCGUGCAGUCAGCCAUUCCCGAGGACAUGAGACUGUCUCCGUCUAUCAUCUCAAAGGAAGAUAUUUCGUUGAGCUACGAGUUGGAUUGUCGCCAGUUGUGUACAGGAUUUAGCCCCGACUUGCAGUUUCGGUUCUCAUGGGGUUUAGUUCUCAUGCGUCGAUGGCUGGGACAAGAUGUUGUUAAUUAUUAUACUGGAGCUGUGGUGAGGGCAACGGGCUCUUCAACUGGAACAGAAACAUCCCAUUCUUCCCAGGAAAUGCAACAAUCAAACACCAGUCUUCUCACGUGGGCCGUAGCCGCUGUCAGAUCACCUGGACUUUACUCCUCCUGGCCAGUCAUUGCAAUUGUAACUCUGACGUGGCAGUCGAUUGGAUGGAAGGUGGUUGCUAUGGCUGGCACCGCGGUGGCUUGUCUGUAUGGUUACGAGCGGUUGUGUUGGACAAACAAAGCUCGUGAGAAAUCUCUGAAGCAGCAGUUUGUGUCGUUUGCAGCUGACAGGCUGCAGUUGGUUGUAGCAGUGAAGAGCAAGGAUUGUAAGCAGCAAGUACAGAGAGAGUUGCAGCAUUCUGUUGUCCAACUUAACUCAACUAUUGAUCAAGCUAAAGAGAAGUUGGAGACUGAAAUACUUCAACUGGAGAACGACAUUCAGCAGCACCAACAGGCAGAAAAUCAAGCACGUGAAUACAAAAAUACAAUGAACUUUUUCAAGUCAGAGCUGCACAAAUUUAUGAAAGACUUUCAAUUGCAUGAUUCUUGAUAGAACGGAGAUAAAUGAUUUCAUGGGAAAAUUUACAGAAGGGACGUGAUGUGGAACUCCUGUGCCUACCUACUGUAGUAGUUCACUUGCAGCCUACCAUAGAGGGCAGUUUCAUCACGACUGUUUGUAUGUACAGGAUAGUGCUUAUUAGAAUGAUGAGUUGAUAUAAACAGGUGUCUCUGCA